AUGCAGCCACCUCUUGGAGGCCCUCCCCAGCUACAGGCUCCCCCUGCUCGGGAUCCUGUAACCAAACUGCAAAUCCUUUUAGGGAACUUGCUGAAGCACUUCACGGAUGUGGUUGUGCAUCUUUCUGAAGUUGCCCCGCCACGCUCCGUCUCUGGCAAGGUGGACGUGGACGGACCCCCCGAAAUCGCAGAAGCAUCCAGCUCAGCUGUUAGAACUACAAUGACUGAGGAACAGCUAAAUGAGUUUAUUGUCAGCUGCGCUAAGGGGGUUGGCAACCUUGUGCAUGUCAUUGAAGAAGAAACAGAGAAGAUUCCAGAGGGCAUUCAGUCGCAAGAAGAAGUCGAGAGCGAAUUGCGGUACUUGGAGAGAGAGAACGAAGUGGCCGCAGCGGAAUUGAAGGAGCUCGUGGCAGCCGUGCGCCACGUGCGGGAAGCAAUUAGAGAAGCGUACAGGGAUGCUGCCACAAAUGGCACUCGCAUUACUAUAGACUAG